AAAAGGAAGUCAAGUUUCGAACAGACCUUAACGUAGCCUACUGCUUAAAUGAAGAAAGUGCUCGCAUUUCUUAUUUAAGUGGGACGCAAGAAACUGGGAACGCCAUCCAAAUUCCCAUUCUAAGAUUCCGCGACAUAAAUUUAGAAUUUAGAGGAAUCGCGCUUCAUUAUACGCAUUCGAUUCAUUCAUAAUUUCCGUGUUUUCUCUCGCGGGGGAAAAAAAACUCAGGGAACUUUUUUUUUUUAGUAUUAGAUUUUUAAAGUAGUUAAAAUAUGCAAAUAUUUGCUUAGGAUAUUUUAAUAAUAUUUGCUUUGUGGUCGGUCUUUGGGAGAAUAUCGCCUUGGACCCGAUAAACAGGGUCCCAAGAACGGACGAAUCCGUGAAACCCAUUUCGCUCAAGCAAGCUAACCGGCUGCAGCAGUCAAGAGCCCGUCUGUGACAAUCGGUUCUCGUAGAGCCCGGCGUUACUCGCACAGAUAUCAGCCAACAGGAGCCGAAAAGCCGGUCGUCAUGUCCGAGACCAAAUCGUCGGCCACAACCUCGUCCAUCCAGAUAUGCAGGAUCAUGCGCCCCGAUGACGCCAACAUUGUGGGGAACGUCCACGGGGGAACCAUACUGAAGAUGAUCGAGGAGGCCGGGGGCAUCAUCAGUACACGCCACUGCAACAGCCAGCCUGGGGACCGCUGUGUGGCCGCGCUGGCUCGAGUGGAGCGGACCGACUUCCUGCACCCCAUGUUCAUCGGCGAGGUGGCCCACGUCAGCGCCGAAAUCUCCUACACCUCCAAACACUCCGUGGAGGUGCAGAUUAAUGUGCUCGCUGAGAACAUCCUGACAGGUGCCAAGAAGGUGACCAACAGGGCAACCCUGUGGUAUGUUCCAUUCUCCCUCAAAAACAUCGACAAAAUCACCGAUGUCCCUCCAAUCGAGUAUUCAAGUCCGGGGCAGGAGGAGGAGGGGAAGAAACGAUACGAGGCGCAGAAGCUUGACCGUUUUGAGACCAAGGAAAGGAACGGGCUGGUGAUAAUGCCCAUUCUAAGCCCAGACAGACACACUAAAGAGGCCUACACCGUGGAGUUUAGCCAGUCCAGCCUGAUCCACCUGGUGGGACCCUCGGACUGCACGCUGCACAGCUAUGUGCACGGAGGUGUCACGAUGAAGCUGAUGGACGAGGUGGCGGGAAUCGUGGCCGCGCGCCACUGCAAGACCAACAUCGUCACGGCCUCGGUGGACGCCAUCAACUUCCACCGCAAGAUCAAGAUAGGCUGCGUGGUCUCUGUGUCUGGCCGAAUGACCUUCACCAGCAACAAGUCCAUGGAGAUCGAGGUGAUCGUGGACGCAGACCCUCUGGUGGAGGCCGACAAGGGGAAGUUCAGGGCCGUCACCGCCUUCUUCACCUACAUCUCCCUGGACAAAGAGAACAAGCCUCUCCCCGUACCCCCGCUGAAGCUUGAGCACGAGGAGGAGAAGAAGCGGUUCGAGGAGGGGAAAGCACGCUACCUGCAGAACAAGGCCAAGAGGCUGGCCGAGAAGGAGCGUCAGCAGUGACUCGUCCCUCCCCCGCCCCUUAGCCACGAGACGAAAUGUAGCCCUCGGGACGCCUCAACACCGCUCUCCAGCACAUCUUAAAUGACCCGUCCCUACCUUAGAAGACCUAAUAGAACAAGAGGAGGAGGCACCGCAUCUAGCAGUCACGCUCAAAACGCCUUGUCUUCUUCACCUUGUGUUUCUGUCCUGCAUACCAAAGCAUCUACAUGUAUGUUUAAGGGAAAAUAAUCAGAGAAAUAAUAUAAAUAUAUAUAAUGUAUAUAUUAUAAACCAUGUUUGGUGUUUUUUUGUUUUAUUUAUGACGGCUGUAAUCACCCGUGUCCUGUUGAAAUAAAGAGCGUUCACGCUGCGGAUCGAUACCGAGACUCCCC